GUUCCUCCGUUCCUGGGCACAGCGUCUUUGGAGUAUCCGGACAAAUUGUCGGAACAGCAGAUGGGUGGCCUUGUUGGCCACAUUUAUAACACCAGCCUGCCAUAUCCACUUCAGAGAAAGAAGAUUAUAAGCUACAGGCUCACUGCAUUUACACCAGGCUGUAGCUCUACCUUUGGCGUUGGGUCUAAUUGGACCGAGAAUAAAAUUCUCGUUUUCGCCAGAAAUUUCUUUGAGAGCGUUUGGCAUUUGACAUGGACAUCGUCAGGUGAAAAAAGUUUCCUGAUCUUUUCGGCAAGAACUGUUGCAGCACUGGUAUUCUUCUGUUUGGGGAUCUCGAGUAUCAGGCCUCCAGUAAUAGACGCGCGAGGAUUAAUCGACUCGAUCCCUAGCUCUUUGAGGUAUAACUGGACGAGAUGCAGCUGGAUUCGGCUUCGAGGUAGGAGCCACGCGGGAAGAGGAAGCAGGAAGACGUGGAGCAGUUACAGUUGCCCAGCUUUCCGAGCGGAACUGGAAGGAAUUGGUGAGGGGAAGAGGAUGAGGACAUGGGAGCAGGAUGAGGACGCUGAGGCUUUUCUGUGAGGAGAUUAACAAUUUCCUUUCUAAAAUUGACGAAUAUACUGAGUCCGGAGGACCAGAUGUACUUUUAGAGGAUUGCUGUGCUAAUCUCGAUUCAAUAGAUUCCACCUUUAAGAUUACCAGAUGUCGUGCGGACGACUUGGACCUCUUGUACGCAUUCCAGCAGUAACACAGCAAGAUUCGAAUUGGUUUCACCGUGUAUGAAGGAGCGUUCGUACCUGAAGGAGGUCUCUUCCGUUUCGUAGAGGACGUAGAAAUUGGACGGUUCUUCGCAAAAAAGUCCUCCGCAGUAGGGCCACGAGUGCCCGAAGGAGGGGUGCGAGCUAGCGAAUGUCUUGGUGUAUGGCCAGACGCGUAGGAAGAAAGACCUUGAUGGUCAUAGUUUUCAAGGAUAUCAGACCUUGCUGCCAAUAGAUAAUCCUCAUCGGUAUUUAUUAAGUCCGUAGAGGGUUUAUAGCCUGUAUCGUGAUCUCUAUCAUUAUUAUUUGUGUUCGUGGAUUUUUUCGAUGUAUCACCUUCAGUAUUAUUUCUUUUUGAUGUUUUUUGUAUUCCUUUUUUAUUUGUGUUUGUGUCGGGUUUUUUGUCCAUAGUUCGGGUUUAACGACGUAUCGUGGAGAAGGGGACGGGCUGCCGGAGCAGGGGUACACCCACGGAUGUCCACCGCUCCCUGGUACUCCAGGGACUCCUCCGUUGCACUUUACCCCCCCCGGAGAUCUGACGGGGGAGAGCUCGUCCGGUGCGGUGGGGGCUCCGACACCCCCACUCAAUAUCCACUUCCUGGCCAGGGACGUCGAGGUAGUCGUCUCCUGACAUGACAUGGCGACGAGAGCCUCGGCAGCAUACGCACAGCAGCCCGAGAGGUCUCGUGAUGGGAACAAUCACGGCGACAUCGGGCACUUCCAGCUCCGCCGCCAUGUCUGCCGGCCUACACACCAUUCACUCUAAAACACAUUCAUCCAUCACCAUUCAUACUGUGUGUUUGG